AGAAAAGUUUACAACCCCACAGGUUGUUUCUAAUCCAUUUUAUGAAGCAAAUGAUAUCAUACAAGUCCAAAAUACUAAUGAAUAUAUGAAUGCAAGCGAUACAAACUUUCGUUAUUCAAAUAAAAAUGGAACAAGAAAUGAUGGUUAUUAUGAAACCAUUUCAAACCAAAAGAAGAGAUGGCUUAAUUUUUCCAAGUAUAAGAACUCAAAGAAGAAUAAAAACAUUCACAAGAACACAAACCGACAAAAAACAGAGAGCGAUGUUGGUUCAAAAGAUAAUGGAAGGUCUAACGAUGCCAGGUAUGAAUCACUACCUUUACCAAAUGAAAGACAAAUUAAUGAAUGGAAAAUGAGGAUACAACAGGGGAUACUGAAUGAUAGCUUUCAACCACAAGAGACAAUUAAAGGAUCAACGCAGACUCUCAGAUCAAAUUUAUUGAACCCACGGGAAAGGUCAAAACAAGAUGAGCAAGCUAACAAAUACCCAUUUUACGAGGAGGUAGCACCACCUGUGAAGAAUCGUAAAGAUUCAAAGAAAUCGCAUAAUGCAAAUGACAGUGAGUCUUCAUCUCCUUAUUACCAUGAACUUGAACAGACAAAAAUUGAAAGUGAUCAAAAGGACAAGACAAUCGAUGAUGGCCCUGAAUACUUUGUGCUGGAAAAGAUUGAUUCUACGAGCAAAGUCAGCAAAUAUUAUCAAUCGCUGCACAGAGAACUAGAAGGGCCACUUCCCGCGUAUGAACCGUACAGACCACCUGAGACAUCGGACAAGUCGGAAUCAGGCGAUCAGCUAGAGAACGAUAAUGACGUGAAGACAUAGAGUGUGAAACACCGAUAUUUUCUGUUUCUAUCAUUAUCUUUGGCUUCAAGAAUUGAUUACUCUAUACUGGGUGUAUAAAAUAACUCCGAUCAUUUAAAAUCACUUGAGAACAGUAUGGUGAAUAUACAGAGAGCCACUCAUUGGAGCCUAUCCAUUGAAUUUUUUGGUGACCCGCAUAUUUUAGUACGCAUGUGAUUACCAUAGUGGCAGCCAAUCAAUUGCUUUUUUUUGACCAAUACGAAAAAUUAAAUGGCAAACGGCAGCCAUUAAUCUUAUUAAAUAUACAGCAGCCAGUUGCACACAACUCUAAUUGCGACUCGAUAUAUAGUCCCUGUAUUGCGACUCGAGUUUAGAAUUUCCAUGAUUCUGCAGUAAUUAAUCUCCAAAGAAAUCAUUUUCAUUCUUGAGAUUUGCAAAGUGUGGUAGCCGCAUUUAAGUCGUAUGUUUUGUGAGUAUUUUUGUCUUUUAGACAGAAUGUAAACUGUGCGAGUUUCAUUGUCAAAAUUUAGCGCAAUAAAUGCUCGUAUUUCUGCAUUCAUUUAAAGCAUUUGUGAGCGAAAUGAUUGUUAAACUACCUUGUAGAGUAUUCACUGCGUUGUUUUAAUUUACUCAACGUAGGAAAGAAGAACGUACUUUUCAAUCCCACGAGUAUAAAAAGUGUCCCUAGCAUUGUACCAUGAUAACUGCCGUGGCUGUUUUGCGAUUUAUAAGAUUGCUGUUUUUUUAUACAUCCUAUAGAAAUAGCUGGUUUUAUGCAGUUGUUUUUGAAUAAGAUGAUACUCCGACUGUUACUUAGCAUUUUUACGUUUAUAAUUCAUAAUUUUUUACAUUUUAGCAUAGUUUUCAAUGUUUUUUAAGCGACGAUAUUCAUACCAUAAACCAACGUAGUUAUCAAUCAAUGUAUUUUUUCUUCAUGCACGUUUUAAAAAUAAACAAUUUAAGUGAGAAAGCUAGAUGAAAUCAAACUUUUCGAUGCUGUAAACUUCCGACCAAAAGCCUAAAAAUAACCUUUCUUCAGCAGUUUUUAAAUGUUUCAUACAAGGAGUUGAUGAUUUACGUAUAUGAGCCUGGUAUCUUAUGGUCAGAGGCUUACAGUAUCUUAUUCAUUGGCUAUAUAUUUAAUUGAUAUUGUCAAGAUAACAAUGUAGUGAUGUCGCUUGUUAUAGUAUCCAUCUUUUUCCGCGCCUAGAAUAAUCACCAUUAAUUUCGUAAUUAAUUUUAUAAAAACGAUAAGAAAAAUAAUUAAAAUUAUUUAUAAUUAUUUAUGUAAGAAGUGAGUUAUACCUUCUACAGUUGUAACGAUCAUUCACUUGCUCUCUGUCAGAAACGCUAAUAUACUGAUUCAAUAUCAAAGGGUUCUGUCAAAAAAUAAGCGCAGUAUUUUUAAACACAUGUAGUUUUUGACGCGUAGCUAUAGAAGAUUAAAUUACAUACAGUGUGAUUCAAUAACAAAGUGCAUAAUAAAACUCAAGUUUAAUAAGAAAUAAAUUUCUUGACUUUGCGACAAA